ACCCUGAAAUCUUUUGACAGGAAGUUUACGCUCUCCCAUACAAAUCAAGCGUAAACUUUUUGAGUUUACGCCUCGUGUGACGUCCGUAUAAAACCAUUUGCGUUCAAUACUAAACAAACGGUUCUACUGUAGUGUACUUUAUAUUGUAUAUUACCUUCUCAUCAGCGGAGUGUGUUUCAAUCGUCAUCAAGAGCUGUUGUUAUCUGUUUAUCAAACCGGCAGGCUUGUUACACAAAAGGUUUAGCAACAAUUUUCUCCGCUGUAGAACCAUGUUCCGUGCCUGUUACCUAAAUUUAUUAGAGCAUUAACACCGUGUACUAGUGUCAGCGCUCCCUUCCUAGUUACGGUCCGUCGCAAUCAAUUCACAGCAGCUCGAUGGCUUUGAAACUGAUCCCAAACAGUACGCUGGCGCUGCGAAAGUUCAAUAAAUACUUAAGAAGAAAUGUGAAAGAUCAAUCAGCAAGCAUAUUACGCCUUUGGGCAACGCAAUGUGAGUUCGUGUUUGCACAGCAAUUACGAAGAAGCCAACAGAUAUUUGCCCAUUAUGCCAAAAUUUGGGAGGAACGGCUUCGCGAAUUGCUGAAACGCUUCCGAGGUCAGGUACAACGACAUGCCAAAGGGUUCGUACUCUCGUCCGCAGCACUGCUUACGUUUGAUUGGGAACGCGAAAGAAUCGAACUUGAGUCGGUGCAGGAGCACAUGGACGACUUCCAAUUCCUGGAGCGUCUGCAAUUGGAAACGAUCUACUGCAAACAGUGUCGGAAACGAAAGCAGAUCGAUUGCCGGGUAGAAGGUGUCAACUAUUGCUGCUGUCCCAAGAAUGUCACCGAAAUGUUGUCCGCUGAGCAAAACGUCUACACCGUCUGGGAACCGUACAUUGAACAGAAACGUAUGAUCACUUGGCGUCAGGAGAUCAAGCCAGGACUGUUUGCUUACAAAGUUUACGUCGAGUAUCCCGACGUGACGGCAGAAGAUUUUCUACACGUCCAAAUAGAUGUCGAGUAUCGGAAAAAGUGGGACAAUACUGCUGUCAAUUUGGAAGUGAUAGACGAAGAUACGGCCAAAGGAUCCAACAGUCACAUCAUUUAUUGGGAGGCCUUAUGGCCGAAACUAUUUGCCAAUCGCGAUUACGUGUACAACAGGCGUUUUUUUAUCGAUCGCAGUCGGCGUGUAAUAAUGAUUGUGAAUAAAAGCGUGGAGCAUCCCAAGUGUCCCGCCAAACCGCACACCCAGCGUGUUCAUGAGUACUGGAGCUAUAUGGUGAUCAAACCAACGACUGCCUUUAACAAGCCAGGAGUCUCGUUCGUACUGACAUACUUCGAUAAUCCAGGACUUUCAAUACCGAAGUACAUUACCACCUGGGUGGCUAAAAAGCAGAUGCCCGAUUUCCUGCGGCAACUUCACCAAGCGACGGUGAACUAUGCAAAAGCCAAGAAACAGAAUGAGACGCGGAUUAUCGAGUUCUGGGACAAGCAUAAGGAUCCGGGUUUCGAAUAUCCGCCAGACACACUGCUCGGAUACAGUGCGGAGGAUUUCACGGAAGCGCAAAAGCAGGAAGAAGAAUCUAGUCUACAACAAGUGGUAGAGAAAAAGUUGAAAUUUUGGCGCUACAUAUUAUUUAAAAUUAAGUAGGUUGUUCCAAAAUAUUAUAUAUAAGAAAUAGUGGGACAAAGAGUGGCAAUGUUCCAACAAUAUGAGUCUCUUGCCAGUAGUUGGAACAGCGAAGAAAACAUUUGAACAGAAUUGUCUUACCAGAAACUUAAGAUUUGUUUCUCCCUUCUUAUUCAAUGAGGCAGGUGCCCUUUUGUGUAGCUCACUUCAAUGAAAUCCAUGUCGAAACAAAUUCUGCAUCUCAUCAACCACUAGCUUCAACAACCUCUAAGUCCAAUGUAGAGUCGACGCAGCUUAACGGAAAGGCAAGUUCACCCAGUG